AAUAACUUCUCUUAACAUCUCACCUAAAUUACCUAAAUAUAAAAUUCAUAAAUAUUUAUAAUCCAGUACUACCACAAUGUUCAGUUACUCUGUGAAUUUUCCAAUAUGAGGAAAAAAAAAAGGAAGAAAUCGGGCUCCGAAUAUCUAUAUAAAGGCCCUCAAGUAACCGACAGUACAAGCAGCCAUAUAAUAAAUUUCUAAAGUUUUUUAUAAAUAAUUAAAAUAUAAAUUUAUGUGGAUUGAUAUCAUGGAACACAAAAUUCGUAACAACUCAACGGAAUGCGAAUUACGAAAUACGCUGGCGAAGCAAUGAGCGUGCAUUUAACUCAAGGAGAACGAGAGUCUCUCUUUUUCAUUGGCUCUAUUUUUUUAUUAAAUAAAAUUUUUUUUUUACUGAAAAAUAAAUCAGUCAGUUGAUAAAUAAAUAAAAUUUCCCAAAACUUAAAAUUAAACGUCAAAAAAAAUUUAUCAGUUCAAUUGAUCCAAAAAUUACGUCAUUAAAAAUUUAUUUUGACAUCGAACUUAAUAUCGGGAAUCAAAAUUUAUGUUAAUGAUAAAACUGAAGAACGAUUACGACCACGUGUUUGAUAAACAUAAUAAUGAAAAAAAAAAAAAAAAAAAACAAAUGGGAGCAAUUGUAUGCAAAUGAAAGCGACAGUAUAUUUUAUUCGUGAUACACAAGAUGUAAUAAUAAAUCUGCUGGGAUCGUUCUUACUGAUACAAGAUGCGGAAUGCGUGAGUGAAGAAAAAACAAAUUGAAUGAGAAUUGUUAAAUAAAAGGCAGCUCAACGUGGAAGGAGAAACUUUAAGAAUUAUCCAGUUUCUCUCGCUCGUCUGGACUAAAAUCAUCUGUUUGUUUUUUAAAUUUCUGUACAGAGUUUCUGAGUUGAAAUUUUUUUUUACCGUUAAAACAUUCAUAUAUUUUUUUUAAAUAAAUGUGAUUACUAAUAGAAGUAAUUUUUGUCGGAAAAAAUAAAGAUUAAAAAAAAGGAAAAUUGAGAAUAAAAAAAAAACAUAUACGUGACAAACUGUAGUCAUAAAUUGAUUGAGUUAGUGGCUUUGUUCGUGCAUUACUCAAGUCUCUUUAUUCAAUGAACGAUCGUAUCAUUCGAGUUGUUACUCACUAUCAGUAAUUAUAUUAAAUUUAUCUUGCGGACGUAAAUUAAAGGAUUUCAGAUCGACGGCGCAAUUUCGCGCUCAUACAUUUGAACGUGUGAUUUUAUCGGAAUAUUUUUUUUGUGAGCAGCGAAGUUGAAUGGAUUUAAGUUGCGGCCUCGGGCCCAAGGGCCUCAUAAGUCUGUUUCUACUUAUCACGUUGGGAUUUCCGGGGGUAACGAUGUCUUACAAUAUCGGAACUGGAAUCGCAGAUGUAACUGGCCCUAUUGCGGAAAUUGUCUUCAUGGGCUAUGCUAAAAUUGAUCAAAAAGGAUCUGGACUUCAUCUCCGUACUUUUGCUCGCAGCUACAUUAUUGACGAUGCCGAAGAAAGAUUCGUUUUCGUCAGCGUUGAAAGUGCUAUGAUUGGACAUGAUGUCCGUGCAACGGUGAUCCGUAAACUUGAAGAAAAAUACGGCGAUAUGUAUACUGAGAAAAAUGUGAUGAUUAGUGCAACUCACACCCACUCAACUCCCGGUGGAUACAAUCUGUACGUGCUCUUUGAUCUCACAACAUUAGGAUUCAUUAAGCAAAGUUUCGAUGCUCUCGUCAAUGGAAUUUUUGUGAGUAUUGUACGAGCUCAUGAUUCCGUAGUGCCAGGAAAGCUGUAUGUCGGCCGUGGGGAAGUAUUAGAUGCAAAUAUCAACCGUAGUCCGAUGGCAUAUUUAAACAACCCUCAGUCGGAGCGAGACAAAUACAAAUACAAUGUCGAUAAAACCAUGACCCAAUUGCAGUUUAUUGCAGCCGAUGGUCGUCCCCUAGGUGUGAUCAACUGGUUCGCAGUCCAUCCAACAAGUAUGAAUAACUCUAAUCGACUUGUUUCGAGUGAUAACGUCGGCUACGCGGCUGUCUUGUUUGAAAAAUAUAUAAACAAAGACGUUCCUAUUGGAAAGGGUGAAUUUGUAGCAGCUUUUGCUUCAAGUAAUUUGGGAGAUGUUUCCCCUAAUACCCGCGGCCCAAAGUGUGAGUUUUCCGGCCGCGAGUGCUCGUCCUCAUACACUUGCACUGGAAAAAACGAAAUGUGUUUUGCAUCCGGUCCAGGAAAAGAUAUGUUCGAAAGUACGAGUAUCAUUGCGCACAAACUGUUCACCGAGUCAAUGAAUAUUUGGAAUAAUACGUCAUCGGUUGAAGAACUGAGAGGGCCUGUAAGAGUUGUACAUCAGUUUGUGAAAAUGCCGGGACAGAGAGCAACUUAUUUCAAUCAUACUACUAAUCAAAUGGAGGAGGUAAAGACAUGUCUUCCAGCGAUGGGCUACAGUUUCGCUGCAGGAACAACCGAUGGCCCAGGUUCCUUUGCCUUCGAACAAGGAACCACGACUUCAAACCCCAUGUGGAACGCUGUACGUAAUUUCGUAGCUGCACCCACGCCCGAGGACAUUGAGUGUCAGAGCCCCAAACCAAUACUUCUCGCAACUGGGAGGAUGCGGUUGCCGUAUCAGUGGCAGCCACAAGUUGUUUCCACUCACUUGGCGAUGAUAGGCGGGCUGGUGAUUGCUGGUGUCCCGGGUGAAUUUACCACCAUGUCUGGCAGGCGAAUGAGAGAAAACAUCGCAUCUACUGCUGAAGAGAUAACCGCUUCCCGGCCAACAGUCGUCAUCGCUGGACUCUGUAAUACAUACAGCGAUUACAUCACGACUCCUGAGGAAUAUCAGAUACAAAGAUAUGAAGGCGCUUCGACAAUUUAUGGGCCUCAUACACUUACUAUUUAUUUGCAGCAAUACAGGCAACUUAUUACCGCUGCUUUACGAAACAAAAAAAUAGAGCCAGGGCCACCUCCAAAAAAUCUGACCCAAGAAAAUUUGAUAACUCUACAAACUCCAGUGGUAUACGACACCGCAAAAUGGGGAAAAAAUUUCGGAGAUUGUAUUAAACAACCAGACAAAGUAGUCAGAGCUGGCGAUACUGUAUCCGCAAUAUUUGUUGCAGGGCAUCCGAGAAAUAAUCUCAUGACAGGCCGCAGUUUCUUGACAAUCGAGAAAUCAAAAAAUAAUUCCUGGGUUGAAAUCGCAACUGACGCUGACUGGGAGACGAAAUUAUUCUGGGCAAGAACCUCAGUAAUAUUCGGAACGAGUCAAGUUGAAAUUUCAUGGGAAAUUCCUCAUGAUACAGAACCAGGAAAGUAUAGAAUCGGACAUUGUGGCUCGUAUCAAUAUAUAUUUGGCGGCAAGUAUCCGUAUCAAGGAUAUUCAAAUUUAUUUGAGGUUAAAUCGCAAGGGAGUGUGUAAAGUAAUUAACUAUCUACAGCUCUCCUAUUAUAAUAUACUAUUUAACCCGAUAUAUAUGUAUCGCAUAUAAAUAUACACCUUUAAAUCUCAUACCCAUAAGAGACAAACGUCGAUAUAUAUAUAUAUAUAUAUAUAUAUAUAUAUAUAUAUAUAUAUAUAUAUAUAUUAUAAGAUUAUAAUCAAUAAUCAUUCAUAUAUUGAUAAUAUACACGAUCCUGCAGUUAGCAGACAAUUAACGAUUUUUUUUAACAAUUUAAUUAAAAAAAAAAAAAAAAAAACUAAAAAUAUGCACAUGUAGAAAAUUAAAAAAACUACAGGUGGAAUUUUUUGGAAUUUCUUCUUUUCUAAAUUUAUCGUUUUUAAAACAAUUAAAAAAUUAUUAGACGUCAGCUUAUUUCAGUAUCAUCCAAAAUUCGGGAGUGAUUUAAACUGUCUGCUGACUUCAGGAUAAUGAUUUUAUAUAUAUAGAUAUAUAUUUAUUUACUAUUAUAAAUACUGUGUAAAUUAAUUUCUUAUGGUUGAGAAGACCAGGAUUACUAAUGUAAGUAAUCACGUAAUUCGAGGGAAGACCUUACGAAACUAAUGUCGAUCGUUAAUUUCCUCAUUCGCACGGUUUCACUCACAUCAUUUAUGUGAAUAACAAAAAAUAUAAAUACACAGAUGUUCAUUCAAUAUCACAGCUAUAUACAUAUAUACAUUCGAAGAUGGAAAAAUUAAUUGAUGAUCAUUUUACUAAAAAAAAAUAUAUAAUUAGUAAUUAAAAAUUAAAAUAAUAUGACAGUAAAAUUAGCAGACAUUUGAAAUUUAAAUAAAUUUUUUUAAAUAGAUAAAUAAUAAAAAAAAUAUAUUUCUAAAAAAAUGCACACGUAGAAAAUUUCAUAAACUAUGCAUACAAUUUUUCAAAAUAUUUUUUUUAAUAUUUAUUUUUUUGUUAAAAAAAAUCAAAAUGUUGUUAAAUGUCUGCUAACUUUAUAGUCAUAAAAUAAUUUAUAAUUAAUUUAUUUAAUAAGUAAAUUUUUGUUACGUCAUUAUUAUUAAUUUCCGAAUUUCUUCUGCGUAAUGUAAAAUUAUGAUUAAUAUUUAUAAAAACAGUUCAUAUAUAUUUCACUGCAACGAAAUCGCAAUAGAUAAAAAUUCAAAAAUUAUCACCAGAGUAUUUUUUAUACUCCAGUGAAAUGUAUGAAUGUGCGGGAAAAAUAAUGCAUUUAAUUUAUCUUUAUUUUACCGCCACUAUUUUAAAAUGAAUGCCACCGUUUUUCAUCUACUGUGUAACUGCCUGGACUGCAGAGUAAAAAUAUUAUUAAAAUUUUUAUAUAUAAGUGAUAUAAUUAUUUGCUCUGCGAGUAAAUAUGAAUUAUUUUUUUGCAAAAAUAAAGAUUUUAAAUGUCAACUGGAUUUUAUUUUUUGAGACAAAAAUUUGCAGUAAUUUUUUUUUUAAUGCAAUUUAAAUAUUAAUGCUUUCAUGUAUAAAAAGUACUGCCGUCAAUUGCUAGAAUUAAAUCCGCUGAAUAAUGAAAGAGAUCAAAGAAGUCGGGAAAAAAAUUCUCAUUAUUUCUGAUGUGUUUGAAUAUUUUAUUUUUGAUUAGCGAUUGAUCAAGUUGUCGAUUUAAAAAUCAAUUAAAAUUUACUUUGUAAAAAUAAUUAUUUUUUGUGUGAACGAAUUUUGCGAUGUGAAGAUUUUUGUAAUUAAAGUUUCAAAACGAGGAUAAAGAAACAGCGCAAGCAUCAAAACUUUGCUCAUCAAAUGCGUAAUUGCAAUUUGUAAUUAGUUGUAAUGACAUGUAACUUUAAAGUAAAUAUUAAUCGAAGGUAAAUUAAAAAAUAUAAAUUUUUCCUGGUAAAAUAAUUUGUAUUUUGUAAUUUUAAAUAAAUAAAAUUUGUUGCUGAUAUAUUUUAUAUGAAAAAAGA